AUCUCGAAGAGCCACAUGGGCGGGGAGUGUCAGUAUAAAGGAGGCAGACAGCAGGGCAUGUUCCCACGCUGGGCAGAGGAAGAAGAGGGUCUGGGUUCUUCUCUCAAGUUGCAUGGAGAGUCUGCAGGGUGCAGAGUGACCUGCAAACCUCACUUUACGCAAAGGAUGGUGGGCCGUGACUUGUUGUGGCUGGCUGUGGCCUCCUGCAUUCUGACACUGGUAUCUCCAUCUACAAUACAGCAAGGUUAUGGAAACCCCAGAGAUGUCAGCUCCUACGGGCUGGACUUGGACUGUGGGGCCCCCGGAACUCCAGAGGCUGGCAUCUGUUUUGACCCCUGCCAGAAAUACACAGUCCUGGAUGAUCCCUCCAGAAGCACAGAGAACACAGAGUUAGGAGCAGAAUGUGAUAAUGAGCUGCAUGGCUGGUACCGCUUUGUAGGUGACGGAGGAGUGAGGAUGCCAGAGACCUGUGUGGAUGUAAACCGGUGCCACACCUCUGCUCCCAUGUGGCUGAAUGGAUCUCACCCCGUUCUCGGAGAUGGCAUUGUCGGGCACACAGCCUGUGCCCACUGGAAUGAAAAUUGUUGCUUCUGGAGUUCUGAGGUCCAGGUGAAGGCCUGCACAGAUGAGUCGGGAGACUAUCACGUGUAUAGGUUUCAGGGUACCCCUGAAUGCAGUCUGAGAUACUGCACAGACCCUUCCACCGAACCACCGAAGUGUGAAGUUCCUUGUCGUCCUGAGGAGGAAUGCACGCUCCAGGAUGGCAUCUGGACCUGUGUCUGUAGGCAGGGCCUCAAUGUUUCCGAUAUUCAGGGUUUGCAGCCUCAGCUGGACUGUGGAGCCAAUGAGAUCAAGGUGAAGCUGGACAAGUGUUUGCUGGGAGGUCUGGGCUUUAACAAGGAGAUCAUUGCCUACCUGAAUGACAGGAACUGCAGCGGGAUCAUGCAAAAUGAGUCCAACAACUGGGUGUCCAUGACCAGGCCUGUUUUGGCUAGUGAUUGUGGGAACAUUCUGGAGAGCAAUGGGACCCAUGCCAGCUACAGAAACACCCUCUCCUUGGCCACCGAUUUCAUUAUCAGGGACUUCUUCGUCAAUGUCAACUUCCAGUGUACCUACCCACUGGACAUGAAGAUCAGCCUCCAAACUGCACUCCAGCCCAUUGUAAGUUCCCUGAAUAUUGACGUGGAUGGGGCAGGAGAGUUCACCGUCAGGAUGGCCCUCUUCCAAGACCAGGGCUACACACAACCAUAUGAAGGGGCCAAAGUGGUGCUUCCUGUGGAGUCUAUGCUCUAUGUGGGCGCCAUCUUGGAGAGAGGAGAUGCCUCCACAUUUAAGUUAUUGUUGAGGAACUGCUAUGCCACCCCUACAGAAGACAGAAAUGACCCCCUGAAGUACUUCAUCAUCAAAGACAGCUGCCCAAAUCAACGUGAUGCCACCAUCAACGUGGAGGAGAAUGGGGUGUCCUCGGAAAGCCGAUUCUCAGUACAGAUGUUCAUGUUUGCUGGAAAUUAUGACCUAGUUUUCCUGCAUUGUGAAGUUCACCUGUGUGAUUCCAGCCGUGAACAGUGUGAACCACUUUGCUCUACAAGCCGACUCCGCAGUAACGGACCUGCCAUCAACUUAGCCCGGGUUCUAGAUUUAGGACCCAUUACUAAGAGAGCUGCUCAGACUCUACACGCCUCAAGCGGGACUCCCAAUAUGGCAGAGUUCCUGUUGGCCUGGCCCAUGUUCUUCCUGCCUGUCUUCCUGGCUUGGCUGUUCUGAGAAGCCCGCUGGGCAUCUGGCCUUGAAGCUCAUGUUCUUCCCUCUGGCAAUGGCUCUUAUCCAUCCCUUAGUUGAGCUGGAUCCCUCUGUGUCUCAUGUGAACAUACCUGGUUCAGCGUUAGCAUGGGUUUGGGGAAAGGGAAGAGCAUUAUCCUUUAUGUUGUUCUUUUUCUCAUGCUCAGGACCUGCCAGCUUGUCCUAUGCCAACUUCUUCACUCAUUAGUGAGAGUUAGAAAGUGAACCUAAACCUGCUAGGUGCCUCUUUGGUACUGGUAAUUAGUGGAGAUGCAAUGCAUAUCAAUAACUCCUGGGUAGAGGUGUCCUGUUAGUGGGUGGGAGAGGGCAAGUCCAAUGAUUCUUUCUAAAUGUUCUUGUUCUGACAGCUGAUGAAUUGAACACAUUGACCCUUGCAUUAAUUCUA